UCGAUUAUUAAAUACUAAUAAUAAUCGAUACUUUGAUAAGUUGUCGAUGUGGUUCCGUGUCUCUCUCCGGGUGUGUGUGCUGAGCUGUCUCUCCCCGGGCAGAGCGUCUCUUUUCCGGGUAGCUGCACGCUUUGUUGUCGGGGAGGAGCCUGGAGCUUUGGAGCUAACACCGGCUACUUCCAGGUAACAAUAACCGGCUCUCUCACCUCUUCAUGCCCCCCUAUGGUGCGUCUUCUCCGGCUUGGUUAGACGACAACAACACCCCCCAUCCCUUCCUCUUCCUUCUCCUUCUCCUUGGCUUGACCUCAUGGAUCCUGGAGGAAGUGAGCUGGACUCCAGCCUGCCUCAGCCUGAGAAUCCGUGUCUGAUUGUGGAGGACUCUCAGCCUGACAGUGUUGCUCUAGAGGACGAUCCGGAGAGCAGCUACAGAGCUCUGCUGGCCCGACGCCUAUCCAGCCUGCAGCCCACUGCACGGAGCCCGGUUCUGGAGCUGAUAUCGUCGCCGCUGGGAAGCAGAUGCUCUCAGACUGACAGCCAAUCAGAGAGCUCACAGAGCAACAACCAGGCCGAAACCGGCGUUCUCGCAGCAGCCAAUCCCAGCUCAGCGAUCCAGGAGGAGAGUCAGGUCAUCAGCGUCUGCCCUCCGACCAACAAGAAUAAGUGUUCAUCAGACGACACAGAAAUGGACUCUGGAGCUGAUUCUACGACACACUGCGUUCAGGCUGAAGAGGGAGCAACCUCUCAGUUUGGUUUUCUGGAGCUUUCUCAGAGUCAGAAUCUUUGUGGUGAAGUGAACAGUCAGGAGGAAGAUGAGCCAGACAGCGAGACUCGUCCAAAGUCAGCGGAGCAGAACGUCAGCGCUGUGACUUCAGGGAGCCGCCACAGUAAAGCAGUGAGGUCCGAGGUGAGCUCCAGCAGCUCGUCAGACAGUCCGGGUCAGUCGGGCAGGAAGCUGAGCGUCCAGGCUCUGCUGCACUCCCAGAAUGUCCAGGCGUCCGAUGAGCAGGAGCAGCAGGACUGUGAGAUACUGUCGUCACAGCAGGACAUGUUCGACAACGACAAGACGGGCGCCGCAGUCGACAGCACCGUGUCCGAGCCGGAGCAGCAGGGUCACCCAACCCUGACACCAGCCAGCACCCUGCGCCUCCUGCACCUCUCUGGACAGGGAACACUGGUGCAGCAAAGCCUCUCCCAGAGCUCUGUGGAUUACGUCGCUCCGACCCAGGACAACCUCACCAGCACCCCUUUAAUCGUCCCCAGCUCGCCGACCGGACCCGAGAAUGAACAUGGUGCAGAUGAGCCGAUGGAUACCUCGCUGCCUCCGGACGACCGAGCGGCGGGGGAAGGGAAGGACGAGCCGAUGGAUACGGACGCCGCCUCUGCCUCCGCCUCAAAGCCGCACCCCUCCGCCUCGACGCCCGUAUCCCAGAAUUCCCCUGGUUUCGUGUUGGAGCGGACUCUCUCUUUACCGUCCCAGCCAGAGUUCUCACAUGACGCGUUCGUCCCCACGCAGAGCCAGGAGUCUCCUCAGCAGUCGGACAAGAAGAAGAAAGCGUCGUUAUCUCAGUCUGCUCAGCUGGAGUCGGCUCCUUUCACUCUGCCUCUGCAGCUCUCUGCCAACACGGAGAGCGUCAGUCAGGCUCCAAAGACCUCCGAGGAGUCGAAGGAGGACAGCCAGGCCACGCAGAUAGAGGAGCUGGAGGAGGAGGAGCCGCCGUCGGUCGUCGACACCAGCGACUCGGCGAUUUCACGCGGCGAUCAGAAGAGCGAGAGCAACGGCGUCUCGGCAGAAUCGUGCAAGAAGAAGACGGCAGCUUCGUCGAAUGUACAAAACGUGAAUGUAAAGGAGGGUAAGAGCUCGGCCGACAUCGUCUCCUGCUCGCAACCCAAGUUUGACUCCUCCUCCUCCGAUCUGACUGCUAACAGCUGCGUGGAGGAGACGCCAGCAGGAGCGACGCCAACGCCAAAACCGACGCCAACGCCAAAACCGACGCCAACGCCAAAACCGACGCCAACGGCAACACCGUGCAGCUUAGAUUCACAGUCUGUCAUCUCUCAGACGUCUGCUGCGGAUGUUAAAGGAGGAGGAGGAGCAGUGAAGAGUCGCUCUGAAUCAUCACAACAGAAAUGUGGAGCAGUGGGUAACAGUCAGGAGGAAGAGGAGGAGGAGGUGAUGGAGGAGGAGGAAGGGGAGAGCACAGUCGGAGGUGAAGCUUCAGCAAUCGGUCUGGUUCUCUCCCAGAGUCAGCUGUUAUCACCCGAACCCAUGGAGGAGGAAGAAGAGGAGGAGGAGGACAGCGUCGUCGUGGUUACAGAAAGCGAGAGAGACUCACAGCCCAAGACCGCCAACAGUUCGCAGCCAAUCAGAGCGUCUCCCUCCACUAACGGCCACCAGUCGCGGGCUCUGGUGAAGGAGGCGCACGCGGCUCCUGAUAGGCUCUCCCAGACUGAGAGGGCGGGGCCUGAAGCAGAAGGCCUCAAAGAUAAAAGCCUGAGCGACAGUUCGGGAGAGAUUUCUUUCCAUUUCACUCUUCCUAAAGAAGGAGAGCUGAUUGGUCCGGCCGUCGGAGCCACGCCCCCGCUCAUCAACCAGCUGAAGCAGACGCUCAGACACAGCACUCCCAUUGAGAUUACCUCCUUCUCUGGAAAGUCAGAUGGGGUGGGCGACGUGUCUACAGAUGUGGCGAUGGCGGCAAGCGACAUUGUCGCUUCGGGGGAAAGCGGCGAGGACACGACAGAUAAAGGAGACGGGAAGCUGAGUCUGAGGAUGAAGCUGGUGACUCCAGUGGAAGAGGGCAGCUCGGAGCGCUUCAGCCUGCAGAAGCCGACACUAUCAGAAGAGGACAGAUCUGUCGUCAAGGUUACCACCGUUGCCAAGGCUGUAACCAGUCCGUCAGUGUUCAGUCGAGUCCGGCAGGUUCACAGACAACAGGAACCAGACGACGACAGCCAAGACAACUCUGCACCUGUCAGGAGCGAGCUGUUCGCCUCUCCGCAGAAGAGCCAACACACUUCAUCGCUGGGUUUCAACAGCCUCCCGAACAGCCAAUCAGAGCCUUCGCAGCUGCAGCAGCAGGCGACACCGCAGCAGGAGAGCGCCAAGGAUCUGUCGUCGUCCGCCGCCGUAGCAGAGCUUUCCGAGGAGAGGAGAGGACCGUCCGAACCCCCCGCAACCCCCAACAGGACGGACGGCAGGCAGAGGGCAACGUCCCAGCAGUCACACGACAACACCGUCACCUCCAGUCCGUCCAACAAGCUCCGUCAGCGGACUGUCUCCCAGCAGACCAGCUUCGACGCUCCGGGGUUUCGCUCCCCAGCCGGCAGGGGUGAACCGGAGUCUCCGUCCUAUAGAAGAGCCGCCGGCCCCGCCCAUCGCAGACACGUUCGCACCAUCCAGGAAGUCCGGACCACCGUCACGCGAAUCAUCACAGACGUUUAUUAUGAGGACGGGAAGGAGGUGGACCGCAAAGUCACCGAGGAGAACGAGGAGCCGGUGGUGGACUGCCAGGUGUUGGACGGCGACAUCUCUCCGUGCCGCACAGGCAGCAGCUCCAUGACUUCGGGCGACCUCGGUGACAUCAGCUCUCUGUCGUCCAAAGCCUCCAGCCGUCAAUUCAGCUCGGGAGGAACCAGCAGCAGUAGCGCCGGUCUCACCCGGCCGGACUUCAUCAUGCCGUUCAGCCGAGGCGCCAAAUCCAUCAGUCCCAGGAGGGGAGGCGGGCACCAACAGAGGGGUCACAGGGGCCACAGGGGCCACAGGGGCCACAGGGCAGGGUCAGUGGUCACGAUGGACAGCACUUACGGCACCUUCGGGUCCCGGGCUUUCAUCCCGCUGAGUCCCAGAGGAAGGGCUAGAAGGGGGAGACCCCCGUCCCGCUCCUCCCCGUCCAGGGGAGGAGGUCCCGGCUCGCUGCACCGCCUCAGCGUUCACGGUCACCCUCACUCCUCCUCAGACGACGAGCACUACGCCCGCAUGCUGCCGCCGCGCCUCCCCGUCAGCCCCACGGACGCCGAGCUCCACGGCCGCUCAGACUCCCUGCGCUCGUCGCCGGAGGAGGCGAGCUCGGCCGGCAGCAGCUUCGUGGGGCUGCGGGUGGUCGCCAAGUGGACGUCCAACGGGUAUUUCUACUCGGGCCGCAUCAUAAAGGACGCGGGCGAGGGUCGGUUCCGCCUGCGGUUCGACGACGGCUACGAGUGCGAGGUGAUGGGGAAAGAUAUCCUGCUGUGUGAUCCCAUUCCUCUGGAGACGGAGGUCACGGCUCUGCUGGAGGAUGAAUACUUCAGCAUAGGUGUUAUAAAGGGCCAUAAGACGGAGGGCCAGGAUCUGUUCUACAGCGUGGAGAAGGACGGUCAGCGGCAGUGGCACAACAGGACCGCCGUCAUCCUUUCUCUGGAGCAAGGCAACAAGCUGAGGGAGCAGCACAGCCUCGGACCUUACGAACCCUUAGCUCCGCUGGCCAAGGCCUCCGACAUCAGCCUGGAUAACCUGGUGGAGGGGAAGAGGCGGCGUCGAGGCCCCCCCGCGGAGCAGAACACGCCCAACCGCGGCUCCUCCGCCUCCAACAGCCCUCGGACCCCCGGACCGUCCGGCAAGAGGAAGCUGAUCGCCUCCGAGGAAGAGAGGAUGCCGUCAAAGAGGGGGCGCAGGGGGGCGGGAGCUAGAGCCGGUCAGCGUGUCGGCGUCUGUAACACCUCCGGCAGCGGCACGGAUCUCCCCGCUCAGUCAUGUGACCUGCCGGAGACCCACGGCCCGCUGCCACAGAACACGUCUCUCUUCAUGGGAUUCGCCUUCAUGCUGACGGCCUCGUCCGAGAUCGACCGGCUGACCAACCGGCUCAGCGGCAGCGACGACGAGGACGAUUAUGUGCAGACGGGGCCGUAUAACAAAGCGUACACAGAGUCCCAGCUGCAGGCAGGUGGAGGCUUCGUCCUGCCCGACUUCAAUGAAGAACAAUGUAAAGCGGCCUAUCAGAGCCUGCUCAUCGCCGACCAGCACUGCCGCACCAGGAAGUACUUGCUGUGCCUGGCGAGCGGCGUUCCGUGUGUCUCGCACAUCUGGGUACGAGACUGCUGCAGAGACAACAAGCUGCUGAACUACAGGAACUACCUGCUGCCCGCCGGCGUCGGGCCCAACGACGCCAUCAUAGAGUGGCAUCCUCGCUGCAGUCCAUUCAAAGCCUUGCGGAUGCUGCUGGUGUUUGAGAAGCCGGUGGAUCUCUGGACCCAGCUGAUCACUAUGGGUGGAGGCUCCUCCGUCCGACAGUUCCAGACAGACAAAGAAGCCUCGGACGUUCCUGCCGGUAAAUAUGACGUCGUGGUGACAGACCAUGCCUGUCCGCCAUUGGUAGAGAAGAACGUGACGUCGCAGGAAGUCCCGCUGGUGUCUGCCGAGUGGCUCAUCCAGAGUCUCAUCUGCGGAGAGCGUCUGGGUUUCCACAGCAAGCCUCAGUAUCGCCAUGACUACUCCUCCAUCAACACCACCACCACCACCACCACCACAUCCUCCUCCACCUCUUCAUAAUCUGACUCCUCAUGUGCAAAAAAAAAAAAAAAAUGCCUUCGACU